AUGGCCGACGUCGACGCCGAGACCCAAACCGCCGCCCACGAAUCCACGCCCCUCCUACCGUCGGACCGAGUCUACCUGCACCGACUACGACAGUCGCGCGACUUCAUUGCCUGCCACAUCGUCAAGAUCCACGGCGAGGACUCCUGGGUGUGGCUCGUCCGCCGGCAGCUGCAGCGCUUUCUCGCCAGCAAAUGGGGGCACUAUUUUGUGAUCCUGCUCGUCUCGGCCGACAUCAGCUGCAUCUUCGCCGACUUCCUCGUCUCGCUGCACAUCUGCGAGCAUGCGGGCGACAAGGACUUCAAUCUGCAUGCGUGGCGGACGGCGAAUGACGUGUUGGGCUUCGUCAGUCUGGCCUUCUCGUGUCUCUUCAUGGCCGAAUUGCUGGGCAGCAUCUUUGCUUUUGGGUUCGACUACUUCCGCUCCAAGUUCCACAUUUUCGAUGCCCUGGUCAUCAUCGCGGCGUUUAUCAUCGACGUCCUCCUGCGUGGUCCUCUCGAAGAGGCGGGCUCCUUGGUCGUCGUCUUCCGGUUGUGGCGUAUCUUCAAAAUCAUCGAGGAAUUCUCCACCGGCGCUGCAGACGAGCUUGAGGAACUGCAGGAGCGGAUCGAAGCCCUGGAGCGCGAGAAAGACGAGGUCGUCAAGGAAAACCAACAGUUGAGGUAUAGGACAGGUUAUGCCGCUGAAGGGGACACAACUGGUGGGACUAACGGCCAUAAUGGUGGUGGUUUUGGUCAAUGA